AUGGGAGUCGGGCAAAUGCGGGUCAGGGAAAUGGGGUUCCAACGGGUGGGUGUCAGUCCUACUCCUCCACUUCCGCACUCCCUUCCCGCAGCUCAACAGUUAUUUCCACUCUCUGCUGCUCCCGCCCUCCCUCCCAUCCCUGCAGGUCGCGACACCAUCAUUCUCGUCAACACUCAAUCCUACUCCGCCGCCCCUACUUCCCGGCCAGGCUUCCACGUGUCACAGGGGGAGAUCCAGGCGGACACGCAGAGGAAGAAGGACGCCGGGUACAAGCUGCUGGAGAAAUACAAGGCGCAGUGCGAGGGACGCCAGCUGCUGUGUGAGACACGUGUGAUGAUCGGCGAUGCCAGGCUGUCGAUAUCCGAGGCAGCGGAGCAGGCCAAGGCAGAUGCGGUGGUGGUGGGCAGCCGGGGACACGGCGCUCUCAAGAGGCUGGUGCUGGGCAGUGUGAGUGAGUACUGCGCCCACCAUUGCCCCAUGCCAGUGAUCAUAGUGCGACCCAACAAGAUAGGCCAGCCCGACCCUGCCGUGCCAAUGGACUGA